ACUCCCAAGCCAAGCCAAGCUAAUUUACAAAAAGUAAAGUAGCGUCUCUCUAUCUUCAAGUCACCCAACAAAAACUGGCGUAACUUUGGAGAUAAUUUUGGAUCUGAAACAGAGAGAGAGAUAGAGAGAGAGUAUGAAUCGCCACCACGAUCCAAACCCUUUCGAUGAAGAAGAAGUCAAUCCAUUUUCGAAUGGUGGUUCUGUCGCACCUGCACGACCACUGGCAUCCGAACCUCUGGGUUUUGGGCAGAAACAUGAUGCUACUGUGGAUAUACCUCUGGAUUCAAUGAAUGAUUCUAAGAAAAGAGAAAAGGAGCUCGCAGCUUGGGAAGCUGAUCUUAAAAGAAGGGAAAAGGAUAUAAAGAGAAGAGAAGAUGCUGUUUCCCAAGCUGGUGUUUCUGUAGAUGAUAAAAAUUGGCCACCAAUUUUCCCGAUUAUACAUCAUGAUAUAGCUAAUGAGAUACCGGUUCAUGCUCAGAGGCUGCAAUAUCUUGCAUUUGCAAGUUGGCUUGGCAUAGUUCUUUGCCUUGUUUUUAAUGUUAUUGCAGUGAUUGUCUGUUGGAUUCAGGGUGGUGGUGUUAAGAUUUUUUUCCUUGCUGUAAUCUAUAUGUUGCUUGGAUGCCCUCUUUCAUAUGUGUUGUGGUACAGACCACUUUACCGAGCAAUGAGGACAGAUAGCGCCUUGAAUUUUGGUUGGUUUUUCAUGUUCUACUUGCUCCACCUUGGAUUUUGCAUUUUUGCUGCAAUUGCUCCUCCUAUUGUCUUCCAUGGGAAGUCGUUAACUGGUAUCCUGGCAGCAAUUGAUGUUAUCUCUGAUCAUAUGUUGGCGGGGGUAUUCUUCUUUGUUGGUUUUGGGCUAUUUUGCUUGGAGUCACUGCUGAGCUUGUGGGUUAUUCAGAAAAUUUACUUGUACUUUAGGGGACACAAGUAAGAGAUAUGAAGUCAGGCUGUGCUAUGAUUACUUUUGGGGAACAAGAGAUAUAAAGCGAGGGUAUGGCGGUAUGCUGUGGUCGUAUGUGGAUGAUUGUUGAUGGUGCCAAGCCCUAUCUAUGGGGUAUUAUAUAUAUUUUAUACCUUAUGAUUGUGUUUCUCAUUUCAUGAUAUUGUCUAAUGGAUUUUGAUAUAAUGGGUUUGUAUGCAUUACAACUGAGGUAGAUUCUAGGGAAUUAGUUCUUACUGCCAUUUAGAGUUGAGAGGGAAGUGUUCAAGCAAAUAAUUUCAAAUUCAUUAUUAUCGCAAUUUAUUUCCCAUUCUUGGUUA